GCUUCCUCCACCGCCUUCGCCCAUUCACUAUCGUCUAUAAUAUAACGGCUACUUGUUUGUAUCCAUCUCUCCGCGCAGCGAAAUUUCGAAACUGGAAAAAGAGUUUUUUCUCUAAUAUUCCCUCUCCUGGCCUAUUCCCUCUCCUCGCCUCGAUCAGUUUAUACUCUGGAAAAGCUUCACACUUUUGCAAUUCCACGAGAGGCAGAGUAGCAGAGGUACGGAGCAAGGGCGUGGUGGAUUGCAGUCCAGAAGUUUUGGAUUUGUUUGACGAGAAGUGAAGAAUCAUUAUCGCCUCCAAGGUUUUACAUGAUCUCUCUCUCUCUCUCUUUCUUUCUUCGUUUACUCAAUUUCAAAUUUCAGACUCAAGUACGAUGACUCGCCAUGGCAGUUUCACUUCUUGUAGAGUAGUUCUUCAUGUCCAUGGGUACUUUCUGUUUUUCUGGGUUUCUACGGCGUUCUUGGGAUCUUUAAAGAGAUACCCAUUUGCCUCUUUGCUUCGUUUCUUGAUUCGAUUUCUCUGUUCCCGCACCAAAUUAGUCUUGAUGAUGAGUUUUUUCCUCUAAUGGUGGUUAGUUAUGGCGUUGUGUCCAGGUCUCUUGGAGAAGGGACUUCACAGAAACCCAGCAAAACUUUUCCUCGCUAGUCGAUUCAAACCUUGAAUCUGGUAUAAUACAGGGUAAUCAAAAAAUCAAUCAAGACUCCUUUUGUCUUCUCUCCGUGUUAUUUCUUGCUUCUUCUGCUCGUUCCCUUCCCGCUAACACUUACUCUGUUCUUCUCUUUUCGUUUCUCCUCAGAAAGUAAGGUUGCAGAGUUUCUGUGUGUUUGCAGUCGAAACCCGAAAACAUGAAUGAUCUCCUCACGAAAUCGUUCCUAAGUUAUGUGGAACUCAAGAAGCAAGCCAGUAAGGACCUGGAAGCCGAGCUCACCGGCGGCGGCGCCAAUUCGCCGGAGCUCGCCCCCUCAGGCGACGAGCCCAACCUAGUCGAGUUCUUCCUCCGAGCCGACUCAAUCAAGUCCGAGAUGGAAGAGAUCACCGAUCUCUUGUCCGACCUCGAAGCCCUAAACGAAGAAACCAAGUCCUCCCACAGCGCCAAGGUCCUCCGCGGGCUGAGGGACCGAAUCCAAUCCGACACGGUGGCCGUCCUCCGAAAGGCCAAGAGCGUCAAGGCCAGCCUCGAAUCCCUCGAAGCUUCGAACACGGCCAACCGGAAGACCUACAGAGAAGGAACCCCCGUCGACAGAACAAGGGUCUCCGUCACCAACGGCCUGAGGGUGAAAUUCAGGGAGACGAUGAACGAGUUCCUCUUUCUCAGAGAGAAGAUCCUGUCCGAUUACAAGAAGGAUCUGAGGAGGAAGUAUUUCGUGGCGACCGGAGAGGAACCCAGCGACGAGGCGAUGGAGAAGAUCACUUCAGGGAGCGGUGGAGUCGAGCUGAUGUUGGCGGCGGCGGCGGCGGGGAAAGGGAAGAAGGCGGAGGAGGACUUGCAGAGCAAAGAGAGGCACCAAGCUGUGCUUGAUAUACAGAGGAGCUUGACGAAGCUUCAUCAGGUCUUCUUAGAUAUGGCGGUUCUGGUGGAGACUCAGGGAGAGAGGAUUGAUGACAUCGAGGAGAAUGUGGCCAAGGCCACCGAGUUCGUGGCUGGAGGGACUGAUAAUCUCUACUAUGCCAAGCAGAUGAAGAAGAAGAAGCGAGCUACUUGGAUUUACUGUGGUAUAGCUGCGGCAAUCAUGGUGGUUUUGUUUGUGUGCCUGAUUUCCUUGCUUACUUCUUGAGUGAGCAACUGGCCUUCGUUUUUUCCCCUUUUUCUUCUUCUUCAGGGUAGUUUGAUAGUGUUUCUGUCGAUUCUGGUCUACUCAGGUUUUCUACUUGAGAACGAACUAGGAGUCUUUUUGGUUGUACCUGGCAGCUUGUUGACUACUUGGCUUGUUGAAACGAGUCCUGAAAGAUGAUGAAAUUUUCGGUCUAAUGGAAUGUCAAAAUGUUUGGUGCUGAAUCUAUUGGAGAUAUUUUUGGUCUAUAAAUGUUGUUAUGUAAG